UUGAACGGCAAACCGACUCGAAGAGGGAGAGAGGAGCCAAAACCGCUUCGUUCUCGUUGCCGAAGCGAUGCAGCGGAGGACGGAGGAGUCGAUCCACGGGAGGAUGGCGGAGCAGCGGCUCGCCUGCAUCCGGGAGAUCGAAAUCCACCGCCAGAGGGCUGACCUCGCCGCGAGUUCCUUCCGCCAUUCCCUCCUCUCCGUCCGCUCCUUGGCCGGGCAUAACCUAGCUGAUCGAGAAAAACUUGGCAGGCUGAAAGAUAGCCUCAAGGAAUUGGAGGCUGAUUUGGUUGAAGCUCUUUCAGUGAAGACUGGUAAAGAGUCCAAGUCCACAUUUCUUGCUGAAGCCCUUUCUAGCACAGCAUCUAGAACCGAGCAGCUGAAGAAGACAAUUCUAGAUCUAAGGAGAAAGAGAGACAAACAUUCUGCAGUUAUAUCAGAACAACUACUUGCUCUGGAAGCUUUAGAAGCAAAGAGUAGUCAAUAUAUUCUUGAAAGACAAAAAACAGAGGAGGCCAUUGAGUGGUACAAUAGGAUUCUUGGUUUCCGAGCUGAAUGUGGAGAAGGGGUCAAGUUUAUCUUUGACAAAAUUGAUCGGAAGAACCCAAAUGAGGAAUACUCGUUCAGCAUAAGGCUUGAUAACGACGCUUACAACUUACUGGACUGCAACACAAUAUUGGAAGGUAUUCCUGAAUUGAUCAUGGACUUAAAUAAAACAAACGGCUUAUUCAAGUUUGCAAGAAUUAUGAGAGAGAAGUUCCAGGUUGCUGCAUCAAAUGGAAUGUUACCUACAUCCAUGUCUGUAUAUCCAGACUCAUCUUCAGUUACAGUAUCAUCUGCACCACCAGCUUCUGUGGAUAGUAAAAGUGAAACAUCAGUGAUGCAAAAUUAUCUUCGUGUUAAAGUUAAUGAUCAUCAAUAUGAUCCUCAUAAAAAGGUCAACACAGGCCAACCUGCAAUUCAGUCACCCAGAUCUGUGUCAGCUUUGCGUCGCUCCCCACGUUUUCUGGUGAUGUGUUGCAAACUUGUUUCACAAUCAGCCUAGAACUGCAAAAAGACUAGAUUUUAAGUGGCAAAACUCUUUCUUCAUAUUAGCAAGUGACUUGGCAUUUAGCAACAAAUCAUCUUGUGCCUCUCUGCUUAGCUUGUAUACUAGAGAAUUAACAAUUUUUUGUUUUGGUUCUGGACACACAUGCAUCUUGGAAUAUGAUACUUGAACGUUUUGUUUCCCCUUUUUGUAUGACUUGCCAAUUUCGAAAGGAAAAAUUGAAAACUCUUUUCUUUUGAUAAAAUGAAAAUAUGUAGAAUGCUUAUUUAAAUGUACCUAACCUAGAAUUUAUUUAUUUUUACUAGAGAUCCUAGAUAUUUUAGUGUCCGGCAUACAAAUGCCAGACAUUCUACUUCUUAGUGUUAGUGGUGAACUAGCAUUUAUUAAAUUGCAUGAAUAUGGUAUGUCGAACGUUUCUUCAGCUUUGGCUUCUUGCUAGCUAAUUAUACAAUUGGAUAUGCAUAGAUAAAUGAUUUUUUUUCAGAAUCUUUGGUGCAGUUAUUUUAUUUUGAUACAAUUUGAAGUAGAUACUAUAUCGUUAGCUCCUUAAUUUAGCAUGUGUUUAGGCUGUUGUUUUAGUCUUAAUUUCUUAGUUUUGAUCAAUAUCAGAAGUUUGCUAAUGCAUCCCUCUCUCCUUUUGGACUUCUGUUGUGCAACUCACUCGCAAUAUAAAAUGUUCAAAUAACAAAGUUUGUUUGUCGUAAAAUAUUGGACCUUUUUGUGAGAGUUGCUUUAACCUUGUCUUCCUUUCCCAGGGCUCAUUGAUAACUAGUGCAAUUUAAUGUCCUCUGUUAUUUAUAUAGCUGUUGUUACUUUACCAAACAACUGAUAUGUUGUUGCUGUUAAUAUAUUUUUUUAAUUGCUAGGAUUGGUGUU